AUGGACAUUAAGCGGUGCUCUGAGCCAGACUGCGAGUUUGAGGCUGAGUAUGUGUGCAAAUACACUUCUCCUUGAACAUAUUCCUGCAAGCAGCAUACCGGAAAAUAUAUAGAGCUGCCUAAUAAAACUCUUGCACUUGAAUUCAUUUCUAUAGACCCUUACGAAGGAACAAAAGAAGCGAUUCUCGGAUUUCUUACAAAAGAAAAGCUAGAGAAUAAUAAGUUGAAGAGAAAUACCUUAGCAUCUUUCAGCCAGCAUCUACUGAAGUCAGAAAAUUAUAUAAAAGAGCUUAUAAAAAAUUUGAACUCUUCAUCAGAUUUAAUUACUAAUUACUGCUUAAAAAUUGAGGGAGCUAAAACGAUAUCUAUGCCUAUGCAAGACCCGAUUUUAGAAUUGUUGAGUUUGCAACCUAGCGAGGCUGUUGAAAAAGUAAAAAUGAUGAUCCCAGCCAACUCAGAUUGGUACGAAAGCGCAAAGUUGUUUUGCGGAUUCAGCGAAAAAAUGGGCAAUAUGAUUGAAAGCUUCAUUAAAGACAAGUUUGAAGUUCAUAUAGACAAAAGACCUUCGAAAAUUGAAUACAUGCAAGAAGAGCACAGUAAAGCUAUAACCCUAACAAAUAGUGAGUCAGAAAGCAUUUUAACUUCAUCAGAUACGUUAUUUUUAUUCCAUCGUAAAAACGUAAAAGAGCCAAUAAAACUAAAAACAGAAAACGAGGCAAGUUUGCUUAAUUCUCAAAUAAGCACUGUUUCUAAUGAUCUCAACAGUAAGCCCAAGGAAAUAGAAAGCGCUUUAAACGCUAUAGACACCUUAAGAAAUAAAACAGCUAAGAUUUUGAGUGAAUCAAACAAUCCAGAAUUAGAGAUAGAUUUCAGAGCAACUUCCUCAGCAAUUCGGACCAAUUCUAAUCUUUAUGAUCCACCACUAAAGCAAGCUUACCAAGACUAUCUUAAUGCUUAUCAACAAAAGACAUCUCUUUAUAAUAUUAUAAGAGAUAACAACAGAACUAAUUUGCAUAUUUAUAACACUGAAACUGAAGCAGAGGAAUUCAAAAUCUUGCAGACUCCAGAACCACUAGACGAGACAACUUGCAUAACUCAACUUCCAAAUGGCAAGCUAUUCUGUUUUGGUAAUUGUUGACUUUAUGGAAUUACAGUGCUGAUUGAUGUGAAUGGUGGAGUCGAAGUGCUGCCAUCUGGAACUUCAUGCAAAUUCUCAUCAUGUAUCUAUUUCAACAACAGUGUCUAUUGCUUUGGAGGAUACGAUGAAUAUUAUAAUGCUUUAACUCUAUCUAGCAGAUUCGAUUUCGAUCGAAAUCAAUGAAUUCAAUUAAUUCCAAUGCCACAAGCUGAUUUUGGAUGCAAUAGUAUAAUAUUUAAUGGAAAUAUUUUGAUUUCUGGAUAUGAAAACAGAAAUCUUUGGUUAUACUCAAUUGAUAUUGACUCUUUCUCGACAAUUCCUUAUGAGUUUGAAGAUUUUAAAAGAAAGGUCCUGAUAAACGCAGAGAGACUGUAUUUGAUUGAAUGCUAUGGAUCAAUCUACGAAAGCGAAAUUGGAAGCUACUCGAAUUGGAGACGAAUUAGAAAAUCAAAAAUUAAGUGCAAUCCUGAUCAAGUGUGUUGUUUAUAUAAUAAAGGAGGAAUAUGCAUUGGGACAGAUAUUGGCUACUUCAAGUUUGAUUUCAAAAAAAAGAAGAUUGACUAA